GCUUUCGAACGCGUAGGGCGGGCGCGCGUCAUACGCUUGUCACCGCCUUACGCAAACUCAUUGAAAAUUUAAUUGAAUUUAGUAUCCACUUAUUAAUUUAACAAAAUAAUAAUAUGAAUCUGUAAAAUUAUAUAUAAUAAUAAGUUCGCAGAUAUUUGCCGGCGACCUAUAUAUAGGGGUCCAUAAACUGCAGUAACCGUUUACCAUCAGAUGGGCCGUAUGCUUCAUUUCCACCAUCAUGGCAAUAUGGAUAUCUUCAUGACAAUAUAUGCAGUAUGCAUCGCAGCUGUUGCGAGUGAUACUAUGCAACAGUGCGAGCGCCCGCUGUCGCACGCGCAGCCCGCCGAUUCACAUUAUCGAAUAGGAAUUGCCGGCGAACCAGACCUGUUCUUACCAGGGGAGCUAUAUACAGUUUCUUUACAAGGCUUAGACAAUGGACAGGGUCCGGCACCAUUCAUAGAGUUCACUAUAUGGGUGCAAAAUGAAGAUUCUGUAAAUACUGAACCUAAUGAUAGUUCUAGCUCUAAUGGGCCUGUGUUACCUCUGGGAGUUUUCCAACAAUAUGAUGCUCAAACUAAGCCGCACCCGUUUUGUAGGCCGGCUGUUAAUAACGCUACCGCACACCCCAAGACUGAGAUACGAGUAUUAUGGAAUGCGCCAUCGAAUGCUACGAACUCUUGCAUCUUGUUAUGUGCUCACGCAAAUCCAGCUGUGGGCUCCGGUAAUUGGUCAGUAUUAGCUCGGAAGAUAUGCCCUGCAACCACCGUUUCUAGUAGCUUUUCACGGCAACCGCACAUCGUGGAGCCUUGUUGUGCUUGCGACGAGGCUAAAUAUGAAGUAGUAUUUGAGGGUCUUUGGUCUCGCAAUACACACCCACGAGAUUUUCCACCUGAGGUAGCUCAAGCGCACUUCGGAGAUAUUAUAGGUGCUUCACAUACCGGCCAAUUUAGAGUAUGGCAAGAAGGCAGGGUAGCCAGUAAUGGGCUCCGAAAAUUGGCUGAAGAUGGAGUCACCACUUCGUUAGAGAAGGAACUGAAAGCUGAGAGCGACCAUAUUAGAACAAUAAUCAAAGCUCGUGGCAUAUCUUGGCAACAAGUCGCCAGAGGUGUCAACCCUAACACGUUUGCAGUAUUUCGUGUGGACGCCAAACAUCAUUUAAUCUCUCUAGCAUCGAAAUUAGCCCCGUCACCGGAUUGGAUUGUUGGUGUAUCGGCAUUGGAGCUAUGCAAUUCUAACUGUACCUGGAGCACUUCUGCAACUCUUCCUCUAUAUCCUUAUGAUGCGGGCACUGAUGAUGGACUUACUUAUACUGCCCGUCGCCAUCCCACGGUGCCGGCCGCGCCGGUACGUGCUCUGAGACCAGAUUGGCCUCGUGAUGUGCGCUCACCGUUCUUCAGUAGCAGCAAUGAAAUGCGACCCUUCGCUAGAUUACGUCUUACUCGGCUUCGGCUUUAUGAGAAAAUCUGCGGUGUUGCUGCCGCCGAGAUGAACAACGAGCAUGGCCAGGAGUCGCCUGCUAGCGGUAGCGCCUGCAUCACGCACGCUUGGGGCCAGUGGGGCCCGUGUAGCGUCACGUGCGGCCAGGGUUACGCCUCACGACAACGAAAUUACGUAUGGCCGGCUCGCGCGUACGCCGAGGCAUGCCGCGUACCACUCACCGAUCACAAACCAUGUAUCGGACCCAGAAUGCAUUGCAGAGCUAUAUCAGACUACGAGGCGGACCCAGCUGAGUCGACAGGACCAUGUGCGGUGUCGUCGUGGUCGGAGUGGUCGCCGUGCGAGGGCUGCGGUGUGCGAUCACGCACGCGCCACUACCUGCUGCCGCGCGCGUUCAAACACUGCAACGUUGGAUUCCGCGCAUCUACCGUUAUGAGUCAGGCUUUGCCUUGCGAGAUUGGUCCUUGUGAGAAACGGACUGCAACUUAUGUCAACGCUUCGGUCCUGGAUUGGUUCUUUAGGGACGAGACGCGUGGCGCGUGCAAGGUGACGCAGUGGGGUAACUGGUCACCGUGCUCGGAGCGCUGCGGCCGCGGGCGGCGCGUGCGGAACCGACUCUACCUGGUGCAGGCGCGUCUACAGCCACUCCUCACGCGCAUACUGAUAGCGCGCUGGCGGGGCACAUUCGCCUUUCUACAGAAUGUCAGUGCCCCACGGGAGAAUGUCACAGCUGAGGAUCUGGAGGUAGAGAGACUAGUUCAUGAACACUUAGAAAAAUGCCAGUUCACGUUGACUCAACAGGAAUCUCUCUGUGAUGGAGAAGACAUCACCUGUAAUCAGACUAUUACAUCGGCGGUGUGCUAUUUGCCGUUGUCGGUGGGACCAUGCCGCAGUUACAGCGAGCGCUGGUUCUACGACAUAGAGACCCACACCUGCGAGCCAUUCGGAUUCACCGGAUGUGGUGGCAACGCUAACAAUUUCCGUACCAGAGAACUCUGCCUGCGCGUCUGCGGGAACAUUACCAAAACUUACAUGACCCGAACUAACGUCAUCCAAAUUACUGCUACACAAUCUCCUGUUACUCAAUCUACUGUCACCCAAGCAACCCCAACUACUACUGCGAGUUCUCACACAGAAUUGAGCACAAAAAAGAAUAAAAUGCCAUCGUACGAAGAUAAUGAAGUGAUACAGAAUGAUGUGCCUACCCCUGAAGUAGAGGACGCGAAUUGCGAGACGGGUCCAUGGCUCGGUUGGAGCGACUGUAUCGGGGAUUGUGGCUUCGCUGUCGAACUCAACUAUCGAUUGGUUUUGCGCCGGGCUUCUGGAAAUGGAAAAGCUUGUCAUAAACUAAUGAAAAGCCGCGUCUGUCGUCCAGCGAAAUGUCAGAAGGACAACACCACCGACGACUCCACAUCUGUUCAUCUGAAUUAUGAAGAUGAUUAAUGUUUAAUCUUUAAGAUUUUGUGUCUAUAUUACCAAAACAUAUGUAAGUACAUUGUUAGAGGUUUUUCUUGUAGGUAUCGAAUUUAUCAGUACAAAGAAUU